AUGGAAAUUUGAGUUAGUUUGCAAAAAAAAUAUAAAAUAAAAAAGUUUUAUGGAAACUACAUGUAGGGUACCCUUACUUUUACCCUUACUUUUGAUUUUCCUGUAUUGUAUUAAUUUUCCUAUUCUAUAUUAAAUAAGUUCACUAUCAAUCUUGUGCAAGUUGAACUUAUUGUACUCUCCUUGUGUUUUGUUCUUAUAAGAAUGAGUUGGAGUUUCCUUCAUUUUUUUUUUCCUUUUCAUUUUCUUUCAUAUUAUAUCUUUGUUCUAAAGUUGUUGAUGAUGUUCUCUGCAAUCAUAGAAAUGAAUCAUGAUUGCAUUGGAGAUUAAUAGCCAUGUCUUUUGCAGUUAUGCUGGAGCCAUUUUUGCUGAUGCUGGCUUGAAAGGGCUUAAUGGAGUACCAGAUAUAAUCGAAUGCUCUUUUGUUCAAUCAAGCAUUACCGAAUUGCCUUUCUUUGCCUCUCAGGUAAGGCUUGGAAAGAAUGGGGUGGAGGAAGUCCUUGGACUGGGUACCCUAUCAGAGAAACAAGGUCUUGAAAGUCUCAUCCCUGAGCUCAAAUCUUCAAUAGAGAAGGGAAUCAAAUUUGCCAAUCAAUAGCUAGACUAAUCUUACUAUGUUUGUUGGGGUACUAAUCCCCUAUUGAUCUUUCCGUUUGAAGUCAUCGCAAUUUUGCUUCUGUAGAAGAAUUCAUAUAUUUACGAAAUGUUUUGCCUGCCUAUCAGAGAUGAGAACUAGGAUCAUUAUUGACUCUUGAGAUCCAAUUAAUAAGUUUCACUAUCUUGUAAUAGUUCUUGUAAUAAACUACACACCCAUUUUUUUGUCCUUAGUUGGACUUAAA